CAUUCUAUAUAUAUAUAUAUCUGUGCUAAACACUUCAUAAAUUCGCACUUUCUAGAAAACAAAGCCAAAUCCCCUGUUUCCACUUUCUGUUCUGUUUUUUUGGAUAUUUCUCAACUCAACCAAACCAAAGAAGCAUUUUACUAUUUUGUUUCCUAGUUUCCUCGCAUACCCUUCUUCUCUGGUCAGUUUUCCUUCUUUUCCACCUUUUUCAGUUUCCCUCAAACAAAACGAACACGCCAACACGGGUUUCUGUUACAAGAGUUUAAACAAAAGAAAAAAAGAUUUUUUUUUAAGUAUUCCCUGGUUUUCUUUCCCCAUGUUUGUCUUUCGUUUCUUUUAGUUUUAGCGUGUCUUUGUUUCUGGCCUUCGUUGUGUCGGUUUAAGGUUAAAGCGUCAGCGUGUUGUCUUUCCUUGAAUGUCGAACAAAGCAGGGUUGGCAUUAGUUUUUUUCAAGACUUAGUUUAUCAAAGAAAGAAAGAAAGAAAGAAAGAAAGAAAGAGAUAGAUUAAAAGAGAGAGAGAGAGAGAGAAAAAAAAAGAGUUGCCAUUGUUUGUUUUUGUUUAUGUGUAACUAUGUGUUGAAUUGGAAACAUUAUUGUUAAAAACAGAGAAAUUGUUGUCCAGGAGAUAAAAAUAAGACAGCUAGAUUGAGAGUUUUGCGGGGAAAAAAUUGCAAAAAAUAAAUAAAUAAAAAAUUCAGUUUUUAAGUUCUAAAAUAAAAAAACUUUGACUCUUCUUCGCUGUUGGGAUAAUUUGGUUUCAGUUCUCUUUCUUCUCCGUUAUUAACCUCAAUAAUUUCUCAACUUCUCUGUCCCUUGUUUUUUUUCCCCCUCAUCUUAAUUAGUUCUCAUUGUAAAGAGGAACUGAAACUCCUUCAAUCUCUUUUUUUUCUUUUUUCUCGGACACCAUGAUUUUCGAUCAAGGGUCAAUGCAAUCUAAGUCCAACCUUGACUGCUUCCUCCGGCGUACGACACCUGUUGUGCCGUCUCAGUUUCUUCCCAAGCACGAGAUUCGAAACCUUAACCGUUUGUGGCACCCGUGGGAGAGAGAAGCGGUUGAGUACUUCACUUUGGGUGAUCUAUGGAAUCGGUUCCACGAAUGGAGUGCUUAUGGAGCUGGAGUUCCAAUCACGUUGUCCAAUGGGGAGACACUUGUUCAGUACUAUGUUCCUUACCUCUCUGCAAUUCAGAUUUUCACCAGCAACACUUUCAGGGAAGAGGCUGAGUCAGGUGAGUGUGAGACACGAGAUUCAUACAGCGAUUCCUACAGUGAAGAGAGUGAGAGUGACAAACUAUGGAGGUGGGAUGGAACUUCAUCAGAAGAAGGAGGAUCUGAGCAUGAUUGUUUGUGGCACAUGAAUGACCGAUUAGGUCACCUUUACUUCCAGUAUUUUGAUAGAUCAACUCCAUAUGGUAGAGUCCCUCUAAUGGAUAAGAUUACUGGCUUAGCAGAAAGAUACCCGGGAUUGAUGUCACUAAGAAGCGUAGAUCUUUCCCCAGCAAGUUGGAUGGCAGUUGCUUGGUACCCCAUAUAUCAUAUUCCCAUGGGAAGAACAAUUAAAGAUCUCUCAACAUGCUUCCUCACUUACCACACACUUUCAUCUUCAUUCCAAGAUAUGAACCUUGAUGAUGAUUCCGAGGGAGCCCACGAGAAGAGGAAAGAAGGUGAAGGAAUUUCGUUGCCAGCGUUUGGUUUGGCCACGUAUAAGAUGCUAGGGAAUGUGUGGGUCUCAGGGAAUUGUGGUAGGGACCAAGAAAAACUAGUCUCACUAUUGAGCGUGGCAGAUUCAUGGUUGAAGCAACUAAGGGUCCAACAUCAUGACUUUAAUUACUUCAUGGGCAUUCGGCAUGGCUAAAGACAAUUAAUGCACACUACUUUGCAAAUUUGACCCCUAAAAAAUCCUCUCUUUUUUUUGGAUAUAUAUUUGGUUGUUGUGCCCUUUGCUUGGACCAUUAAUAGCAACCCUUUUUGUUGGCUUUUGAGUGUGAUGAGGAAUGAGGAUUUGUAGUAGUACUUUGUAGUUGUUUAAUCAAUUAACCCUUUGAGAGCAUUUUAAUUAGGACACAAGCCUUUGUAAGGGUAAGGGUAACCGAUCAAAUGAGUUGACUCCUUUUGUAUGUAGAGUGAUAGGUGAGGAGGCAAGAGUUGUUAUAGUUACUAAGAUGAUGUGAGAGUGAGACUACAUAGAACUUUGAAACUUGGGUUGUGUAUGAUCACUUGUUAGUAUUGACCAAUGAUGAUGAUGACCGUUAUAGUUUGAGACGUGGAAUUUUUCUGUAAA